CGGGAGCGCCCGCGCAGGCGCAGUGCCCGCUGAAGGGGGGGACGGAGGCGGCGCCGGCAGGACCCGCGCAAGGCGCCUUCCCGCGGGCCGCGCCGGCCGCCGCUCCGAGCCAUGCUGCGGGCGUGCCGCCGAGCGGGGCUCGCCGCGGCCAAGCAGAACAGUCGGUGUGUGAGAGCCUCGCUCCGUCCAUCGCGGCUGUACCGCGGAUAUGCCACCCACUCCGGGGAGUCCGGCGUUUCUGUGGGCAAAAUCAUUGGUGCAGGUCUGCUGUUUGUGGGAGGAGGGAUAGGUGGGACCGUCCUGUAUGCCAGCUAUGACAGACAGUUCAGGGAGAGCGUGGAGAAGGCCAUUCCCUACUCUGACAAACUCUUUGAGAUGGCACUUGGCCCUGCACCUUCCAGCACACCAGUGUCAAAGAAACCAAUACAUCAAGGUCCACUGAAGAUCUCAUCUGUAGCAGAAGUAAUGAAAGAGUCUAAACAGCCUGCUCCCAAAUCCCAGAUAGGCAAGCCAGAAGGUGCUGCUCCUACAGAGGAAAAAGGAGGUAAACAACACGAAGGUUCCCAUGCUAUCAAAGAACGGCCACCAGAAGAAGUUGCAGCCCGGCUUGCCCAGCAAGACAAAGAGGAGCAAGAGAAGGUAUCAGCCCUUGCAGCAACUCUAGAAGGAGCCCUAAACACAACUGCUCGUGUAACCCUUCAGGCCAUCACUGCUCAGGAGUCAGCUGUGCAAGCAGUGAAUGCCCAUUCCCAAAUACUGAAGGAUGCCAUGGAUGAUUCUGAGGACGCCGGGGGGAAGAAAUCCUCGCAGUGGCGCACGCUGGAGGAGGCGCUGAAGGACCGCAGGAGAGCCGUGGAUGAAGCUGCUGAUGCCCUUCUGAAAGCCAAAGAGGAGUUAGAGAAGACAAAGGGUGUCAUCGAGAGGGCCAAGAAGUCUCAGCUGGCAGGAGCCAAACCUCACAUUGUUGCUGCAGAAGAAAAUCUCCAUCACAUGAUUGUGGACUUGGACAAUGUGGUGAAAAAGGUUCAGGCAGCACAGUCUGAGGCCAAGAUCGUGGCUCAGUACCACGAGCUGGUGGCCAAAGCCAGAGAGGAGUUCCAGAAGGAGCUGGACAGCAUCACCCCCGAUGUGAAGCCUGGCUGGAAGGGGAUGAAGAUAACUGACUUAGCUGGGCAGCUGUCCACAGAUGACCUGAACUCCCUGAUCGCGCACGCCCACCGGCGCAUCGACCAGCUGAACCGGGAGCUGGCGGAGCAGCGCGUGCGCGAGCAGCAGCACAUCGAAACCGCCCUGGAGAAGCAGAAACUUGAAGAUAAAAAAGCAUUUGAGGCAGCUGUGGCCAAAGCGCUGGAGCGUCACAAAAAUGAGAUUGAAUUAGAACAGGAGAGGAAGGUGGAAGAGGUGCGGGAGGUGAUGGAGACCGAAAUGCGGACCCAGCUCCGGCGCCAGGCUGCUGCCCACACCGACCACCUCAGAGACGUCCUGAAGAUCCAGGAGCAGGAUCUAAAGGUGGAAUUUGAGCAGAACCUAUCAGAGAAGCUCAGUGAACAGGAGAUGCAGUUCAGACGCCUUACUCAGGAACAGCUUGACAACUUCACCUUGGAUAUAAACACCGCCUAUGCCAGGCUGAAGGGAAUUGAGCAAGCAGUCGAGAGUCACGCAGUAGCAGAAGAGGAGGCCAGGAAGGCCCAUCAACUGUGGCUCUCUGUGGAAGCGCUCAAAUACUGCAUGAGGUCAGGCACGGGGGACAGUCCCACGGAGCCCCUGGGCAGCGCGGUGAAGGCCAUCAAAGCCAGCUGCGCCGACAACGCCUUCACGGAAGCCUUAACAGCAGCUCUGCCAGAGGAGUCCCUGACGCGGGGCGUGUACAGCGAGGAGGCCCUCAGAGCACGCUUCUACACAGUCCAAAAACUGGCAAAACGAGUGGCCAUGAUCGACGAGACGAGGAACAGCCUGUACCAAUACUUCCUGUCCUACCUGCAGUCGCUGCUGGUGUUCCACCCUCAGCAGCUGAAGCCACCAGCUGAGCUCAGCCCCGACGACCUCGACACGUUUAAGUUACUGUCUUACGCUUCCUACUGCAUCGAGCACGGAGACCUGGAGCUGGCGGCCAAAUUUGUCAACCAGUUACGAGGGGAGUCGAGGAGGGUGGCACACGACUGGCUCACGGAAGCGCGCAUGACCCUAGAAACCAAACAGAUUGUGGAUAUCUUGACAGCAUACGCCAGUGCUGUGGGGUUGGGAACAACUCAAGUGCAGUGAGCUAGGAUUGGAGCUUGGAGGCAGUUCAGCUGUUCUGGGCCAGAGAGAAAUCCCAUGAUCUCCUGAGGGUUCAAACAGAGCUGUUGGCAGGGGCUGGAAGCAGUAAAUCAAAGCACGGGUACCGUCUUGUUUCCUUGCACUGUAUUUAAUUUCACCAUCUGUUGUAUUUUUGUUGGUUUUGAGUUGUCAUGACAACCAACUUCAGGAAGCUUCCCUACAAUUUGUGUAAGAAUUAAUGUUUCCCCAUCUUACCAAGUGGGCUUGUGAUCGAACCAAAAUAAUGUUUGUAACCUGCCAUUAAUCAUUUGCCACUUUGUCAGCUGAAUAAAACAAGACUUCAACCA